GUUAAUUUCAGAAAUGAUAAGGGAAUCAAAUGAUUCUUCUAAUGAGGAAGAGAAAAACAACCCUAUUGACAGCGAGCCUUGAUUUAAAAAUUCUAGUUUCCUGCCAAAGAAUUCAAACUUGAAAAGUUUUACCGAUGGAACUGAAAGAAUUCAAUCUAUUAAUCUUGUUCACCAUGCAGAAAUCGGUCGAGUGGAUUAUAAACAUUCAAAUAAAAUUCAUGCAAAAAUGCCACAAGGAGAAAAUAAAAUAUUUCAAAAAGUUAUUCUUUGCCCAAUCAUAAAACCAAGACCCAUAAGGCAAGAAAAGAGUCUUCUCAGGCCUCACAUCAAAGAAAUAGGAGCUAACACUCCAUACCAAAAUAGUGCAUUUCAAAGAGUCCUGCCAAAAAGGAAAUAAGGCUCUAAUAGAACCCUCUAGAAGCAAAAAUUCUUCUCUCAACAUCUUUUCAAAUAAUCCUUCCCCUCUCAUCAUCGAAACCGACCCUAUUGAAGUACCUCCAAGACCCCUCACCAUUUCUCCUCUUCCUACCCUCCAAACCCACCAACCUUCCCUCUAAACCCCCAAUCUCCAUCCACCCCUCCGUUCACACCCCCUCCAGCCCCCACCUCCUCACCCAAAUUCCACCCCAUCCCUAAAAUAUUCCACACAGAGCAAAUCCAACGAAAACCCCUUCAAAAAUCCACUCCCAAGCCUUGCUUCAAAACCACUGAGUACUACUACCUCCUCCAGCGGAAGACAUUCAGAAUGAUGAAGAAGUUUUAUAAGGAAAAAUUUGAGAACUUUAGUAAAUAAGUAUAAGUUUAAGAGGAAGAUUAAGGAGAUUUCAAGGGAGAAGUGAGACCAGUGUUUUAGGGAGUAUGUGCAGCAGGAAGAUAUUUUUGAGUUUGGAGGGAAGAGAGGAUGAGGAGAGGAAGGGAGCGUUGAGAGGAUUGAUGGGAUUGUGGGGGAGAGUAUUGUAGAGGCUAUCCAACUUUUGAUCCUGUGUGAUAGGUAUAAGAAGGCAGAGAGAGCGACAAGAGGGAUGGAUUUUACGGUUUGUAGGAGUUUACUUAAUCAUUAUAAUCAAAAGAAUUUGGGUGAGUUCUUAUCUUCCAAGGCUAAUUGCUUAAUCACGGCGUUAUAUUUAAAAAGAGCCUGAUUUGUGGACUCUUCUGACCCGAUCAGAUGAGAAACUAAUGAGUGAUUGAAGCAGAAAGAUGUAGACCCUGAGAAAUUAAUGAGAGAAAUGAAGCUCUUAUUCAAAAGUAGCAUUGAGAGACUCUCUCCUGAGCUAGACCUUAGCCCUGUUAAAGUAAAAAUUAAUGAAACCAUGAUAGAUGGUAACACUUCAAUGUAA